UUUGGUUUCGGAGACAAGUGCCCUCUGUUGGCAGAAAGGAAUGUAAGCUUACUAAGUUAAGCUUAUUUGACCUAGUUAUAAUGGUAAACAAAUCGCUUGCUUCCUUGGUGCCAAUGCAGUCUGGUGUUAUUGUUUGACACUUGACCUACAGGUACCAACUUGCCCGUUUUGUUUGCAUAAUAUCUUCGAGUAUUCACUGCUGACGUAUAAAAUAUGGGUAGUUGCAAGGACUUUGUGACCGGAACCAACUUCCUGGUGUACUGCAGUCACUUCCUGUCAGCAUGGGGAGAUCGUAUGUGGGCCUUUGGCGUUGGUCUGUUCCUGAUCAAGAUUUCACCAGAAUCCCUUCAGCUGACCGCAUCGUAUGGGCUGGCUUCAGGACUUUCUGUUCUCUUUCUGGGGGCCCUGAUAGGAGACUGGGUAGACAACACACCACGGCUCAAAGCUGCGCAGCUGUCCCUGGUGCUGCAGAAUCUGUUUGUGGCUCUGUGUGCGGGGGGCGUGUACGUCAACCUCACCUACCACGAGGACUUUAUCACCAUGUGGGACGGGUGGCUGCAGAAGCUGGUGUCAGCGGUCAUCAUCAUCCUGGCCAUCUUGGCCAACCUGUCCAGUGUUGCUCGGAUGAUCGCCGUGGAGAAAGACUGGGUAGUUGAGAUCUGUGGCAAGGAUAAAGACAUGCUAGCAACAAUGACUGCUACAUUGAGAAGAAUUGACCUUGCAACAAAGAUUUUGGCUCCAAUUGCAACCGGCCAGAUAAUGUUUUUCACGGAGAUGAGGAUUGGUGCCGUGUUCAUCGGAGGCUGGAAUGUCGUAACAGUGUUCCUGGAGUACUACCUUAUAUGGAAGGUCUACAACACGGUGCCGUCUCUGCGCAAGAAGAAAUACUGGACGAAAAGUGACAAACUACACUACCGGACCAGCCUGCGCGAAGGCCGACUCAGCCUGCCCCUGCGGAGGACUCGGACGAUCAGCGUUCGCGAAGGCGUUCGCGAAAGGCUACACGAUCUUCACCUGCGGAGGACUCGGAUGAUCAAUGUUCGCGAAUGCGUUCGCGAAGGAGGAAUCACUCAUCCCCGGACUCUGGCUCGGACAACCAGCCUUCGCGAAGGCCUUCGGACUCAGAUGAACCUUCUCAAGGACGUCAACUACAGUAUCAAAGACAUCUUCGUCCCGUCUCCACGUAGAUCGCCACCCAGAUUACCACAGAGGACUCCACCUCGUUCACCGUCGGAAGAGUAUCAAGGUCCCUUUCUCAGCACUCCUGUUACUGAGGAUGAUGGCGGCAUCAUAUUUUCGGACUCUGAAAUACGUUACUGGAUGGCUAAUGGAUUGGACUUGGCUUCACCAUCUAAAGAAGAUAAUCCGGCUCACACCUAUCUUAUGACAGAUGAUGAUGUCGACACGCUCACUCUGACCCCGAUCGACCCCAUCGCAGCGGUUCCACAGAACCUGGACGCAGCUUUCAAGACAGCCACUAAAGCCCAGGCGCCAACACUUACGACAAAGCAAAAAGCAGUUUCCUCGGAAGAGGAAGUUCCUGUUGCGAAUGAGGCAAAUACUGAUCUGCCUGUAGAUGGCACUGAUGAUCAGACGCCUGUUGUUAGGGGAGACAACUCUGCACAUGACAUAUCAGAUGCUGUUGAAGAUGACGAACCAACAGCAUCGCCUGAAAAACUUGAAACCAGUGAAAAGUUAAAAGAAACAGAAGAAGUUACUAAGGAAGAAAAAGAGGAACCACCGUCCUGCUGUGGAAAUUGUUUGCAGAAAAUGUUUUCAAGUUUCGUAGUUCUCUACAAAGGGUGGCGAACAUACAUGAUGUAUGAUGUGGCCAAGGCUGGACUUGGAUUGGCCUGUCUGUACAUGACAGUUCUCGGCUUCGAUAAUAUCACCACAGGCUAUGCCUACUCUCAAGGAAUAUCCGAGUCCGUCCUUGGAGGCUUCAUGGGAGGUGCUGCUGUAAUAGGCAUAAUAGGCACCCUGGCCUACCCAGCACUCCGGAGAUGUGUAGGCCUGGAGAGGACCGGACUGUUCGCCCUGUCCGCGCAGAUCACCUGUUUGACGUUGUGUGUCAUGUCAGUGUGGAUGCCAGGGAGCCCAUUCAACCCAUAUUACUUCUUUGAGGACCAUCCUUCAAGCAAUCAGACCACCUGCUCUACACGGGCAAUGUCAGUCAACAACUCGUUGGCCACAGCAUCUUCACUUGCUGUGUCUUUCAACUCCUCGUAUUCCUCGACGGCUGCAGCAGGGCUGAAGACCCCAGGGGUGACUGCUGUGCCCAUGUCUGUCAAUCCUGGCAACAGCACGACACCUGGUGUUCCGGGCUGUGUGGAGGACACUGGUCCAGAGUCCUAUCUCUCCAUUGGCCUUCUCAUGGCGGGGAUUAUCACUGCUAGAUUUGGGUUGUGGGUGGCAGAUCUCACGAUCACACAACUGUUCUUGGAACGGGUGAAAGAACAUGAACGUGGGAAGGUGAAUGGCGUUCAGAACUCUCUCAACAAGUUCAUGGAUGUGCUCAAGUUCAUUCUUGUGGUUGCUCUUCCACAACCGCCCGUGUUUGGUUACUUGGUGAUUGUAUCGUUCGCUUUUAUAUGUCUUGGCUUUGGGCUUUAUGCGUCUUACUCCAGACGGGCACGAGGUCAUCUUCUACCAUUCCACAAGAAAUGCAUCACAACAGAGGAGGCCAAUCAGGCAGCUGCAGCUUAAAGUUGCCUUACAUUUACCUAGGUCCACAGAGUGAUCACAGCUUUACAACUUAGUCUGUAUUUAUGUCAGGGAAUUAGCACCUGCUUGAACCCAUUGCUUUCUCAAAGAAUAACACUUUGACUCAUAAUGGGGACCUGUCCAUAGUAGGUCAAGGUCAAGGGCAAAUAAAGUGUAUGGUUU